UCUGACGACAGCAGAAGUGAAGUGACCAGCAAUCCCUAAUUUCGCCUCAAAAACAAAAACCCAAUCCUUGGUCGUUAAAAUCUUCACCUUCUUCAUCGGUUGCCAAAUCGGAGAUGGCGACUUCUAUGGUCUCUCCUCUUACUCCACAGCUCAACAACGAAGCUCUCUGUUCCAAGUCUGUGCUUCGCAACUCACCCUUCAUGUCGGGAUCUACUAAGCUCUUCUCCUCGAACAUGCCUUGCUCUUCUGUCCCUCAACGCACAAGAAGAUCACACUGCUUCGCUUCUGCUAAAAACAUGAGCUUUGACCACAUCCCCAAGCAGUUUCGAGGAGACAAUCUCAAAGAUGGAGUGAUGCAAAACUUCAAGAAUGUACCGCAAUACUUCUACGGGCUUAAUCCAGCUCAAAUGGAUAUGUUCAUGACCGAGGAUAGCCCUGUCCGUAGGCAAGCGGAAAAAGUUACCGAGGAAAGCAUCUCGUCUAGAAGAAAUUAUUUAGACAAUGGAGGGACAUGGAGUAUGUCUGGUAUGAAUGUAGCAGAUCCUAGAAGAUAUAGCAUGAGUGUCCAAAUGUACAGAGGUGGAGGAGGCGGCGGUGGAGGAUCUGCAAGACCAAGAACUGCUCCUCCAGAUUUGCCUUCUUUGCUCUUGGAUGCUAGGAUCUGCUAUCUUGGCAUGCCUAUUGUUCCUGCAGUUACUGAGUUACUCGUUGCACAGUUUAUGUGGUUAGACUAUGAUAACCCAGCAAAGCCCAUCUACCUAUACAUAAACUCACCUGGGACUCAGAAUGAGAAGAUGGAGACUGUUGGGUCAGAAACAGAGGCUUAUGCCAUAGCUGACACCAUUUCUUAUUGCAAAUCAGAUGUAUACACAAUCAAUUGUGGAAUGGCUUUUGGUCAAGCAGCAAUGCUUCUUUCUCUUGGUAAAAAGGGUUAUCGUGCCGUACAACCACAUUCAUCAACAAAACUAUAUCUGCCAAAAGUAAACAGAUCGAGUGGAGCUGCCAUAGAUAUGUGGAUAAAGGCCAAGGAACUUGAUGCAAAUACUGAGUAUUACAUCGAGCUGUUAGCUAAGGGAACAUGUAAAUCUAAAGAGCAGAUCAACGAGGACAUCAAGCGACCGAAAUAUCUCCAAGCACAAGCAGCCAUUGACUAUGGAGUCGCAGACAAGAUAGCUGACUCUCAGGAUAGUUCCUUUGAGAAACGGGAUUACGAUGGGUCUCUUGCCCAGAGAGCCAUGGGAAGACCUGGAGGAGGCAAUCCAACAGCUUCAGCAGGACUUAGAUGAUCAGUUAAUUCACACUUACAAAUGUUUGAAUCUCAAUUUGCUUAGUCACUCUGGAAUAUGUAGCUGUUACAGUCUGUAAGCAAACACGUGUAGUAUUAACAUACAAAAGUGUUGGCAAAAAGGAUUUUUUUUUUCCUGUU